GGGUUUGUGCCCAAGGCUGAGAGCAGCGUCUGCGCCCUGGGCAGGGUGCGAGGGUGCCCCUACACCCUAAAGGACCGGAUCAGGAACAUCAACAACUACAUCACCUUCAGCCUCUACAGCAACGUGUGCCGUAGCCUCUUCGAGAAGCACAAGCUGAUGUUUGCCUUCCUGGUUUGCGUCCGGAUUCUGAUGAACGAUGGGCGGAUCGAUAUGGAUGAGUGGCGGUACCUGCUGUCAGGAGGAACCAUAAAGGAGAUGAGAGAGAACCCAGCUCCGGCCUGGCUGUGUGAGAGAGCGUGGGGAGACAUUCUGGCCUUGAGCAGCCUGAAGAACUUCUCCGGCUUCGCCAAGGAUUUCGCAGCCAACCUUGUAGCAUUCAGGGCCAUUUUUGACAGCCCCAAACCUCACAGGCAACCCCUGCCCGGGAAGUGGGAAGCUGAGCUUGAUGCCUUCCAGAAGCUGCUGGUUCUGCGGUGUCUGCGGGGAGAUAAGAUCACCAACGCCAUGCAGGACUUCGUGGCGCUGAACCUGGAUCGGCAUUUCAUUGAGCCGCAGACCACUGACCUCUCGGUCGUCUUCAGGGAGUCCAAGGCCAACACCCCGCUGGUGUUCGUGCUGUCCCCGGGCACUGACCCCGCUGCGGACCUCUACAGGUUUGCCGAAGAGAUGAAGUUCUCCCAAAAGCUCUCUGCCAUUUCUCUGGGCCAAGGCCAGGGCCCGCGCGCUGAGGCCAUGAUGCACAGUGCCACGGAGCAGGGCAACUGGGUCUUCUUCCAGAACUGCCACCUGGCCCCCAGCUGGAUGCCGUCACUGGAGAGGCUCGUCGAGGGCAUCCUGGGUUUCCAGGUGCAUCAGGACUUCCGCCUCUGGCUCACCAGUCUACCCAGCGCCCACUUCCCUGUGUCCAUCCUCCAGAAUGGCUCAAAGAUGACCAUUGAGCCCCCCCGUGGGGUCAAGGCCAACCUACUCAAGUCCUACAUUAGUUUCAGUGAUGACUUCCUGAAUUCUUGUCCGAAGGUCGCAGAGUUUAAAUCCCUCUUGCUGUCACUUUGCUUCUUCCAUGGGAACAUGCUGGAGAGGAGAAAGUUUGGGCCUUUGGGGUUCAACAUCCCCUACGAGUUCACAGACGGAGACCUCCGCAUCUGCGUCAGUCAGCUCCACAUGUUCCUCAGCGAGUCCGCAGACGUCCCGUACAAGGUUCUGAGGUACACAGCCGGGGAGAUCAACUACGGCGGCCGCGUGACUGACGACUGGGACAGGCGCUGCAUCGUCAGCCUCCUGGAGGAUUUCUACAAGCCCGAGGUUUUAACGCCCGAGUUUGCCUAUUCCGAAUCGGGGAUCUACAAGCAGAUCAGUACCUCUUCUGACCUCAACGGCUACCUGCAGUACGUCAGGAGCCUGCCGCUGAACGACAGCCCGGAGCUCUUCGGGCUGCACGACAACGCCGACAUCACCUUCGCUCAGCACGAGACCUCUGCGCUGCUGGGGGCCAUCGCGCAGCUGCAACCCAAGACCCUGGCACUGGGCGGCCGCAGCAGGGAGGAG